AAGGCAAAAAGGCAAAAGGCAAAAGGCAAAAAGGCAAAAGGCAAAAAUCUGAGUGCGAGCUUCUAUUUUUUAAUUGUCCACCUCUUCCCUUUUGAUCUUACCAAUUCAAUCCCACAUAAAACGACGGCGCUCGCACAGCAAAGAACCAAAACGACCUGUUCGCUCCUACUGGUUCCAUUAAAUUCGUUCUCUGUGAACUUCUGAGAACGGGAAGAAAAACGGGCCCUAGGAAGAGUGGUCGGCCAGAGAAAACCUUCAAAUAUGAACUCCAUGGCCUUCAGUGACUCCUUUCUGUUUUGUAGAUUUGGCGUCUCAAUUCCAUAUCGAACUCGCACGAAGAGAUCCGCCGGCGACCACGUAGUGCACGCCACCGCAGUUGGAGAGCGCCGUCGUAGACGGCCGCAGAAUGUAGAGGGCGAGUUCUUCGUAGAUCAGCGGUGCAUCGACUGCGAUACAUGCCGGUGGAUGGCUCCGAGGACCUUCAGCAGGGUUGAUAACAUGUCGGCUGUGAUCGAGCAGCCAAGCUCAGAGGAGGAUAGACGCCACGCGCUCCAGGCACUCCUGUCGUGUCCCACUAACUCCAUACAUACUGAGAAGCCAACAAUGGAGAUUAUUCAUGUUCAGAAAUUGUUUCCUCUUGCUGUAGAUGAAAGCAGAUUGCCGGGCAUUUAUUACUGUGGCUAUCACUCUGAGAAAUCUUAUGGAGCAGCCGCAUACCUAAUUAUUCACCCAGAAGGCAAUAUUCUUGUUGAUAGUCCUCGUUAUACAGGGGUAUUGGCGAGGAAUAUUGAGAUUUUUGGAGGAGCAAAGUUUAUGUUCUUGACUCACAUGGAUGAUGUAGCAGAUCAUGACAAGUGGUCGAAACGUUUUGGUUGUAAACGGAUUCUCCACUCAAGAGAUGUGAAGGAGUCUACUGUUGACGUUGAGAUGAAACUAUAUGGUAAUGGUCCAUGGAGCAUUGGCACAGAGUUUGAUCUUAUUCACACUCCUGGUCAUACUGAAGGUUCAGUCUGUCUGUAUUACAAGCCACUGAAGGUUCUCUUCACUGGCGAUCAUUUUGCAAAAACUGGAGAUUCUGAAUUUAGCAUAUUUGAGCAAGUUAACAGGGUUUCAGUUAAUAUGCAGCUUGAUAGUUUGAGAAAGCUGUUAGACUUGGACUUUAAAUGGAUUCUACCUGGUCAUGGACGAAGCAUUCAGUUCAGAGACAACCAGGAGAAGAAUUCGGCGUUAGAAGCUUUCUUAGCUCAAAAAAAGGAAGCCUAUGUUAGUAUAUAGACGAUGCGAACAUUGACGACUGCAACUGAAGCUUUCUUGGCUACUCUACUUGCCUUGAUCAUUCUGUAACUGAAGCUUUCUCGAUUUGGCUGCUUGCCGUUAUCAUUUACAUGGAAUGGAGGAACAUUCUAGAACAAGCAUGCUUGGUGAUCCUUUGUGGAACAUGUUAAAAUUAUUGUAAACACUUUGUGUAUAAUAUGCUGCAAGUUGCCUGUUUUGUUUUU